CAAGUAAGAGUGUUUGUUGAUCGAGAGAGAGAGAGAGAGACGAAAUGGAGAAAAGCACGAUUCAGGUCGAAGAGCUCGACGAAUCUGAUGAUUUCCUUCUCGAACUCGCCGUUAUCGAAGCGGAAGCAGAAGCGGCGGCGAAACGCCGUAAGGUCGCUGCCGUCCCGGAGGGACCUUACAUGGCGGCUCUAAAGGGAAGCAAGAGCGAGCAAUGGCAGCUGAAUCCGUUCAAUCCCGCCUCCAAAUCUCGCGGCGGUUUUCAAGGCGCCUCCGUGAAUUCGAAUCCGGCUGGAAGUUAUGGAUCGGAGGCGGGGGAGCAGGAUUUUCCGGAGAAGAACUGUCCAUGUGGAAAUGGUGUGUGUUCGAUUCUCACGUCGAACACGCAGAAGAACCCAGGCCGAAAAUUCUACAAGUGCCCUAAUAGAGAGGAAAACGGAGGUUGUGGGUUUUUCCAGUGGUGUGAUGCGGUUCACUCUUCCGGAACUCAGCCAGGUAGCUAUGGGAACACUAACGAAUCCAACUUCCCUGAUCUCCAGUGCCCAUGUGGUGCUGGAAUGUCCCGUGUUCUCACUGCUAAAACUGGGGAAAACAUUGGCAGGCAGUUCUAUCGCUGUCCUGUUUUUGAGGGCUCCUGUGGUUUCUUCAAAUGGUGCAAUGAUGACGCAGUCCAGUCUCCUAGCUUUACCAAAAGCAGUAACUUAAGUGAAUCAGAUAACAGAGGAUAUCAAACUGCAAAGACAGGCAGUGGCACACCCUGUUAUAAGUGUGGGAAGGAAGGACAUUGGGCAAGAGACUGCACUGCUCAGUCUGGUAUUCCCUCGUAUGAAACGGGACCGGCAAAGCCUUCCUCUGCAGCUGGAGAAUGUUACAAAUGCGGGAAGGAAGGGCACUGGGCGAGAGACUGCACUGCUCAAUCUGGUAAUCUGAAGUCUGGAUCAGAACAAGUGAAGCCCUCCUUUUCAGGUGGAGAGUGUUACAAAUGUGGGAAGCAAGGACAUUGGGCGAGAGACUGCACCGGUCAGUCUGGUAAUCAGCAGUUUCAAUCAUCAGGGCAAGGAAAGCCUGCCUCCUCGGGUGGAGAAUGUUACAAAUGCGGAAAACCAGGACAUUGGGCGAGAGACUGCACUGUGACUGUUCAAUCCACAGGCGUUACAGGUAAAAGACAGAGGCAGUACUAGGUCAGGCUUUCUAAGCUCUGAAUCUGAUAUGUGGUCUACAACUCUUAUCUAGUGUAGUUAUCGACAACGUUGUCAUGUUUCAUGGUUUGUGUCCAAAAUUACGAAACCUUUGCUUUGUCUUCCAUCUUAUGAAUCUUUCCUAAUAUAUGUUCAAAUUUAAAUGUUA